GCAUAUGUGCGAUGUGAUGGUACUGAGGGUGAAAUCAAUGCUUGCACGAAGACAUGGCAUUGCUAUGCCUCUAUACUUGUCACAUGUCUUGAAGAUUUCAGCCUCCGUUUAGUUACAACAAUCACCCCUGGAGUCAAGCACCUGUCCGUUUUACAUAGCAACAAAUGGGGCUAUGUGUGUGGUGAUUCGUUUUCGGUCGUCGAGGCUCGGGUAGCAUGCAAGAAACUUGGAUUACAGUGGACCGGUGCCUACAAUACUGCCAUGGAUCCGAAACGUGGAUCCGACAUGUUUAUAUGGCUACAGAACAUAACAUGUACAGGAAAUGAAGAGUCACUGGAGUUUUGUGCUCACUCUGGCUGGGGAGAGGAGUCAUGUGCAACAUUCACAGGACUCGUUUGUACUGAAGCUCGAAUGAUUCUAUCCUCGCCUGCAGAAGAGAUAUUAGAAGUUGCUUACAACAGUACAUGGGGUGGUGUGUGUGCCGAUACGUUUGACGACAUGGCUGCCAAAGUGGCUUGUAGAAUGACUGGACAGCCUAUUGAGCAUGCACGUGUGGGGACACCUCAGAGAGAUGUAGACAUUGUGUUGAGAGUGCAGUCUUGCCUUGGCAAUGAAAACAGUCUUGGUCAGUGUAAACAUGAUGGAUGGGGUCGGAACGGAAACUGCAAAACUGGAGCCAGUGUCCGCUGUUCAUUUGCUGCUGAAACACACCUGGAGCCAUCAAAGGAAAUCUUGGAUGUCCACCUGGGCGAUCAGCUAGAUAUCAAGUGUGUCGUAGACAACGCCCAUCCUCGGGUUGAAAACUUCACCUGGUAUUUUAAAGAGAUGGAAGUUGGAAAUGGGGACACAUUUACACUAAGUGCCCAACGAGGAGAUCAAGGAGAACUCAAGUGUGUCGCAGACAACGGACUCCGUCCGAUAGCACGAGCAUCAUCCAUCUUAGUCAACAUUCUUUACCCUCCAGAUGUCUCCUGUCAAGGAGAACACACAGUGACAGAGGGGGACAGGGUGUUCAUCAACUGUUCGGCGGACAGUAACCCUCAGCCCUUGAACCUGACCUGGACGAAGGCCACAGAGAGUUUUCAGGCAGAUGUUGAUGGUGGCAUGGUCCUUCUGUCUCUCGACAACGUUGACCUCGACGCUACCGGCACCUACGUGCUCACAGUCAUCAACGCGAUGGUGGACUAUCGAGGAGUGGCUAGAUAUGGUUCCAGCUCGACUUCCGUCUACAUCGCUGUCAAAGCUUUCCCCAGUCGUAUGUUCAUGAAUGCUACAAUCGUCGUAUCAUUUGUCGCUGUCGUUCUAGCCUCAGCUCUUGUUGUUACGAUUGAGCGUCUAGCCAGACGAGGUGUUCAUAAGCCAACCUCCAGAUAUGAAGCAACUACUGAAAGGUCGGUUCAUUUCCAAAGCAGCCCUAAUGUAUACAUCGAAGAGCAGGGGACUUCUGGCGCCGGAAAUUGUCAAGCAGAUGGGGAAGAGUACUUCAGUCAGCUCGAUUAUCAGACGAGGGACAUUGAUGCCUCCAGAUAUGAAACAACUCCUGAAAGGUCGGUUCAUUUCCAAAGCAGCCCUAAUGUAUACAUCGAAGAACAGGGGACUUCUGGCGCCGGAAAUUGUCAAGCAGAUGGGGAAGAGUACUACAGUGAGGUGGAUUAUCAGACACGGGAUCUUGGUGAGGAAAAUAUAUACGAGAACACAAUGACAAAAUAAGAAUUCGUGGUUGGCUGAAUCCGUGCUCCAGAUGUUUAACAGCUUGGAGGGAAUUUGAGUGAGACCCGCAGCACUAUGCUCGUAUUUGUCAACUAUGCUAUGGAAUACACACUGUAUUUGGGUCAACGAGUAUUACUGACCAACAUUAUAUUAUGCUGUGGAUUACAGCCCAUACGUUUUAGCUCUAAUGCCAUUGCAUACACAUUAUGCUUAGCUGUUUCACCGAGUGUAAGCCUACAUGUAUAUCACAAAGAUAUUUUUUUAUAGAUGUUGAUUAGUAAAAGAAUACUUAAUAAAUUAUCAUAUGUAUACAUGUACGUUAUGCAUAUAUAUGUAGUAGACCCGUGAAGAUCCGGGGUAGAAUAAGUCUUCAGCAAGCCAUGCUUGCCGUAACAAGCGUUUAUGCUUGUCGUAAAAGGCGA